AUGGGAUUUGAGAUAUUUAAUCGAAUUUUGCGCUUAUGGCGACUAUCGUUCCUAUUUGCCAUAAUUCUCACACUGCUUGAAAACUUAUUUUACUUAAUUAGCUUUGCUUGUUCUUAUUGGAUUGUUUCAAUCAAGAAUGAAAAUGCUGGAUUCGUACGUUUAGGACUGUGGGAGGUUUGUUUUAACAAUUUUAUCUUCGCCGACGACUACAUCUCCAAAGCAUAUAAUGGUUGCUGGUAUGUUUUUAGACAGGAAUUUAAGUAUAUUCGUUAUUGGAUAAAUCCGCCAUGGUUCAUAAUUGUUCAAGUAUUAUCUAUUGUUUGCAUAAUUUUAAAUCUUGGAAGCUUGUUAUUAAUUCUUCAAAAUGCUGCUGGAAUUGAAACCAAAUUUUGCAAACUUUCUAAUACCCCGAUAAUAUUUCUUCAAUCCGUUGUUGUUGCCUGCUUGACAAGUAUUACCAUAACAAUGAGCUUAAUGUCUAAAGACCGAAUGUGGUUGCCAUUUUCCGAUCGAAAUAGAGUGGGCUGGGGUGUUGGCCUAGCUUCUACAGCAGGAAUCCUAACUUGCUUAAGUAUCAUAUGCCUCUUUGUGGAUCAAAUGGCUCAUUACAGCGAGCAGAUUUAUCGCAAGCUUCUUGAAGAACGAGGAGUACUAGCUGUUCAAUCUCUACCUCCAGAUUUGACCUCCGGUUAUGACAACUUUCCGCCUCCUACAAUACCCACUGCAGGCGCCCCAUUACAAUCGAAUUUAGAUGGUGUUCCAUCCCUCUUUAUGACCGGAUCUCUUCCAUCCGUUGUUGAUAGCAGAGAUGGUGACGGUGGACCUGCAGCAAAGCUUCAGUCCAUUUUGGGCGGCGCAAAGAGCGCUCGGUUGAGCAAGUACGGUGAGAUGCGUUCUGCCAUACCUGGAAUGCCAGUUCAGGCGGAAAAAGCCACGACAUCGGGUGCUCUGGCAUCGGCGAAAUUGCGAGAGAACUUAAAGCAGGGUAGAAUAGUUGAACAACCCCACCCACCUCUUCCUACCACAUCGAUGCAAUCUCUUGGUAGACCCACCACAAGUGGCUCGGUGCAUUCGCUGACUUUGUCUGGAUUGAGUGGACAACAGGAGAAACAGGUCAUUGUUUACGGCACCUCACAAGGCAACAUCCUCAAAGACUCAGCUGUGUGA